UAUUUUGAAUAACUUUUGGAAUAAAUAAAUCUAGAUAAAUUAACCUAUGUUUUAAAGUUCAUAAUUAACACAUUUUAAUCAAAACAUUACAUAGAAAUACUCGAAAAAACUGACUCUCAAAAAUACACUAGAGGUUUAUAAAUAUCCGGUCAAAGUACGAUAAAAUGAAUUUAGACGCACAAAAUGGUUUAUUAAAUUUACCAUCAACAUCGUUGUCUGUAACUGAUGCAAGUGGUGCUUAUUUAAAAGAUGCAGAUGUUGCAUCCACAUGUCCAUUAUUAACACCAUCACCACCUACAAAUGCAUUAGUGAAUCCUAGUGCAGGUGAUUUAGAUACACCUACAUCACCGAUUAUUGAUGGAGCUGAAUUAACACAAAAACUAAAAAAAGUUGAACAAGGUGAUUUAUCAUCAUCAAAUUCUUCAGUAGCUGAACCAGCUUCUGUACAAUUAUUACACAAUUAUUUAACAUUGACAAAGACGGCAGGAGAUGGAAUCGCAUUACAGGAAAAUGGAACACGUUCAGCAAAGGAUGUGCCAUAUGAACGUAAAGUCGAAAAUAUGUUUUUCUUCAAAUGGAAUUGGCCAUUAAUACGUAAAUUUUGUGUAUUCGGCACUUUAUUGUCGGUAUUAAGCGCUGUAGUACUUGUUAUUUCAAUGGUCGUAACAUUACCAAAAACAUGUAAUCCACCGGUGAAAUGGUAUCAAGGUGGAUUAUUAUACGAAAUAUUUCCAGCAAGUUUUCAAGAUUCAAAUGGUGAUGAAAUUGGUGAUUUACGUGGCAUAGUACAACGUGUUGAAUAUAUCAAAUCAUUAGGUGUACGUGGAAUACGAUUAAAUUCAAUAUUCCCAGCACCACAUUAUCCAGAAAAUUUCCAUAAUAUUUCUACUUUAUUUGAUAUAGAACAUAAUUUGGGCACAAUGGCUGAUUUUGAAAAUUUGAUUAAAUUUUAUCAUUCGAAUGAAAUAAAAGUGAUUAUAGAUCUUCCUGUAUGGCCAUUACACGGUGAUUAUCAACAAAGUGUUCCAGAAGUUUUAAUCAAAAAUGAAACGUUUCAUAAAAUUGAGAAUAGUGUGAGUUACAAUCAAACUGCAACAGACGAAGAACAGGAAGAUUCAGAAUUGGUUGAAAGUGAGACGACUAUAACAAAAGCAAUACGAUUUUGGUUAAAUCAUGGAGUCGAUGGAUUUUAUUUAAAAGGUAUUGAAAAAUUUGUGCAUGAUCCAUAUUUUGCACAAUCCAUACGAGAAUGGAAAUUAUUAUGUGGAUCUGAAAGAAUAUUAAUUGUAAAUUAUGAUACAUUUAAGUUAACACCCAAAUAUAUGCAUAGUAUUUUAUUGAAUCGAAUCGAUUUGGUUGAUAUUAAAUUAAAUUUUGAUAAUGGAGCUGACGGACUACGUAAUCAAAUUGAACAAACCCAAGAAGGUAUUUUAUGGUCGAAGCCAAGUGCACCAUGGGUACAAUGGAGUACUGGUAAUGUCGAUUCACAUCGUUUAUCAUCCAUGUUACAAAAUACAACACUUGGUGCAAUUUUAAUUCAAUUCAUAUUGCCUGGUACGCCAAGUCUUUUUUAUGGAGAUGAGAUAGCAUUGGGUGAAGUGAUUGAUUCGAAUGGUGAACGUGCUGAUUUAAAACAUUUACAUCAAUUAACAACCAUGCUAUGGCAAAAAAAUGAUAAAUCGAAUCAUGAUUCCCGUCAUAAUUCUUUACCGUGGCUACCAGGAAAACCCGAAUAUAAAAAUUUCAAUUAUAUAAAUGCAAUUACAAAAAUGACUAAGUUACGUAUGGAGAAUCCAACGAUUUAUGUGAAUGGUAUUUGGAAGGAUUCAAUAAUAACAUGUAAUGCGGCUGUACGUUAUUCGGGUAAUAAUAUUUUGGUAAUUGAACGAUGGUAUCCCCGUCGUAAUACGUUUGUGAUUGUUAGUAAUUUAAGUAAUAUGACACAAACUGUUGAUUUAUCGUCACUGUAUUAUAGUGGUACUGUAAUUGUUGCCACAAACACUGAAAUUCAAGAUCAACGAAUUAAUUUUAAUUUUAUUCGUUUACGUAGUGGUGAUUCCAUUGUAUUAAAACUUGAUAAAUAAAUUCAUCUGUUAUUUCUAUCA